CACAGUUAGGCGCAACAAACCCCAGAAUAAUUUUUUCGGAAUUUAUUCACAUCGCCUUAUUGGGAUAACUAAUUCAGAUUUCCUAAAAACAGAAUUCUGCAGUCGGCAGACACACGUGUACGAUCUUCGGUGUAAAGUUAUCAGCUAUUAAUUUUUAAAUCCGCGCUCGUACAGCAAGCACAGAUACGACUCGUACGAGUACAUCAACCGUCCACAGCUGCACGAGAUCGACGCCCAGCAACCACCGCGCCACAAUCUUGGCACGACAUCAGUGAAUUUUGAUUAUUCCGAGUCGGGAUUUUCUGACUGUUUCUUCAGGUUUUUUGGUUCACUGACGGGUUCGUCUUGCUCUUCCCUGGUUAUCGCAUAUUUUUUCCUUUUUGUACCGUUAUCAUGCGAAUCUACGUGGGCAAUCUACCAAACGGGUAUCGGCUGUCAGAGUUGAUUGAGCUGUUUGAGAAUUACGGGUGUGUAUCGCGGGCGACGGCCAUUCGGGAUUUCGCCUUCCUGGCCAUCUACGACCGCGACACGGCGCUCAACGCCAUCAACGGCCUGAAUAACUGCCGUUUUGGCAAUAACGACAUUAUUGUGGAACCAGCGCGCUUCAUCCGCAAUCGUUUCCCUGGCUAUCGGGGAAAUAGUGGACGCUAUUAUGCUAAUCAGAGCGCAGGCGGUAGUGAAGCACAGGAUGCCUAUUACGCGCAACAGGGAGACGCGGGCACCGGCACUAAUGAGCAUGCACAACAGGCAGAGCAGGGUGCUGUGAGUUACCAAGGGGACAACCAGAACGUUAACUAUAACCCCAACUAUAACAACAACCAGCAGUACGACGAAUCCCAGGCCCCGGGCAACCAGCAAGCUCCUGCCCGUGGCCGUGGACGCGGGCGCGGCCGUGGUCAGACCUUCCGGCGCAGCAGCCGCAACUACAACCAGCCGGCGGCAGCAGCGGGCAACACCCAACCCCAGGACCCUUCCCACGCGCCCGCCACCGUCCCUACCGAACCGGCCAACCAGGACGCUCAGACCGCACCCGGAGAAGGGACACCGACCGGUCGCGGACGGGGCCGUGGCCGCGGAGGGCGUCGGGGCGGACGCGGACGUCGGGGACGCGGCGGCCAUCCGGAUGAGCGUCGCGACAGCACCGCCAACCAGUCGGCUCCCCCCGGGAAUGUCAGUACGGAGCCGGCCGCCACGGGAGCAGCGGGAGGGAGUGCCCAGCGACCGGCGGAUGUGGCAGCGAGUAUCGGCGGCGCCGGGGAUGGCGUGCAGCAGCCGGGGGCGGCGGCGUUGAAUGUCGUCGGGAAGGCGGUGACACCGGUGGAGAAGGCCGGCUCGAGUGCCGGUGGUGGUGGUGAUGCAGUAGUACCUGUGACGGCGGCUUGUUAAGAAUAUUAGAUAUUUAUUAGUUAGUUAACUAGCAGAUGAUGGCAUUUGUUUUGUAUGUUGAUAACGGAGUAACCAAAAAUCCCUGCCUUUAUUUUUUUCCCUUCAUGUUUGAUGAUUUUUUCUAAUUCUGCAUUUUCUGUUUUUACCUUCGUAUCAUAUUUUCAUGUCUGUUGUACAUCUUACUAGAUUUCUUCCUCCUCUUUCUAAUUACCCCGCUGCUGUAGGUCUAAAUAAACACGGGUAAAAUUUG